UCGCGGCCAUUAUGCUAAGGUUUCUGAAAGAUGGCUUCGCUUUUUCAGGAGAUUAAUUUAGUCAUACAAUAAAUUUAAUUGUUCCAGAAGAUGCCUGGACCUGUCGAGAGAUGGCUCGAAACAUUUAUGUGCAAACAGUAUGCUGAAACGUUUGAAGCCUAUGGAUUUAAAACUCUUCAAUCAGUAUGCCAACUGCAGUUGCCACAACUACAGGCUAUGGGUGUAGCUCAAGAACAUUGUGAAAAGAUCUUAGAGAAUGUCUAUGUUCUGAGACAAACACUUUUAGCUGGAAACAACAAGGGUCCAGGGCUAUCUGAAAGUGCUAACUUUGACCCAUCUAUCAAUUCAGCCAGUUCAGCCCUAAGAUCUGUUGCUAUGAAUGCUAAUUACCAAAGAGGCACUAUGAACCACUACCCUGAUGAGUAUAGUGGUUUUGGCCCAGGUGGCCAAGGAAGUGGUGGAAGAAUUCCAGCAAUGAACUACCCAGGACGAUAUGAGGAAAAUAACAUGGGAAACAUGGGUCAAAGUAUGACCAGCUACCAACACCAUAUGGCUGGUUAUGCAAGUCAAAGUCAGGCUCAGAUGAUGAUGCAGCAACACCAAGCACAACAACAACAUGUACAACCUCAACAGCAACAACAACAGAUGAUGAAUCAUGGUGGUGGCAGCAUGUACCCUGGACAACAGCACUAUAUGGGGCAACAACAACAACAGCGGCAACAACAACAACAACAACAACAGCAGCAGCAACAACAGCAACAGCAGCAGCAGCAGCAACAACAAUUUCCCAACCCAUCAAACCCUUACCCUGGCCAGUACAAUAUGCCUGGAGUCCCUCCACAGCAACAGUCAUCUCAAAGUCAGAUGUCUGGCAACAACUACUAUCAGAAUACACCACACCCUUCACCAAUGCAUCAUCAUGCAAGACAUUCAUCAACAACUCAGAGCCCACAGCAGGUGGCGGACAGUAUAUUGCAUAUUGCUUCAAACUAUCCUCAACAGCAAACUGUUCAGGUGCCUAUUCAGAAGAGUAGGUCUGCUCCUUACCAUGUUCCAAGAUCACCACAUUACAAUAUGCAGUCAGGAAGUCCCAACCAGUCACCAAUGGGUGGCAAUAUGAACAGACACAUGGGAUAUCCAUCUCCUUCACCUCACCAACAGCAGCAGUCGAGAACAUCACCUAUCAGUCCAAUGUUGAUGCAUAGUCCAGUUUCUCAUCAAAGUAACCAGAGUUUACCAAGUCCUGGAUCCAUGCAUAGUCCAACUUCUGGCAUACGGUCUCCGAUACCAACACCACCUCCUGGAUAUCAUAAUGUAGGACUACGCUCCCCUUGUGACAUGCAACAAAUGACUUCUCCAAUGGGCACUGCCCAGUCCAUGAGAUCACCAGGUCACAUGCCUCCGGUCAACAUGUCACAACCAAUAGGUUCUCCGACUGGCAGGUCGUGUAGUAGUGGAAACAUGACAUCUCCAGGUCAGCAUCAGCAGCAUUUCUCUCCAAACCCACUGAAUUCUCCAUCCAGUCAUGUUGGUUCUCCAUACACUCCAUCUUCCAAAGCUCAUAUCAGUAGCCCACCUCAAUCACAGAGUUACCAAAACAUUUCUAGUUCUACCUCGCCUAGUCCAUAUAUAAGUGAUAUGUCAUCUCCAGAUCCAGGUCCACGCACUGGUGUAGGUCCAUCUAACCCCCUUCAGUCACUACAGAAACUAGUGAUGCUUCCAGAAACACAAGUGGUUGAUCCUAAGAGUGUUGUGAAUGAUGCUUGUUUACCCUCCCCACAAAGUAAUGAGGGUUCAAAAAACUGUGAUGACUCUGCAGAGCAGCCGAACGGGGAGGCCUGCGGCAGCACUGCAGAGUGUUCAAUUAGCAACAGCACAGACCGUGCUAACUCCAGCCAAAGUCCUCCAUGCACAGACGGUAAGCACUGCAAUGAAGUUGGUGAUCAUUCUGAAGAAAAACACUCCAGUGUGAAAAACCAGAAUGAAUCAAUGCCAUCUGUGAAAGAUAAUAUAGAACCAACAUCUGAAAUCAAUGAAAAGUUCAAUCAUGACUCUUGUACUAAUCCUGGUCCAUCUGUGAGCUUUGUACAAGAAAAAAGAUCUCCUGUCCACAACUGUGAUAACCAGGAAUACAAGAAAAUGUCAAAGGAUGCACUGUCCCCUUUGAUAGAAGCUCCUGUUGAUAGUCCAAGCAGUAUGAAAUCAAACCUGGAGUCCGUUAAGAAAGAUGUUUCAAGCCCUGAAGAGAAAAAUUUAUAUUGUGAUAUUAUCAAGAAAUGUAAACAAGACAACUGUGAACCAACCAUAAUUGAACCAAAGUUGGUCAAUGGAGACGUUGACCACUCUGAUACUACUUCUGCAACAUCAAUUAGAAUGAAUUCUACAUCUAUUACAGGAAAAGUUAACAAUGUAAUGAAUACAAAGGCUGAAAAUCAUCGGACUAAAGAAGCAACCCUAAAGACAUCUGACGAAAAAGAAAGCAACAAAAUUGGAGAAGUAUCCACAGUUAAUUCUGUGGAUGAAAAAAAGGGUAAAAAGAGAGGUAUCAGCAACAGUAAUGACAAAUGUGAAGGUCAGAAAAAGUCAAGAAUUGUAAAUUCUGUGAAUAAUGUUGACAUGGAAAAACACAGUGACUCAGUUGAUGGCAUGGAAGAAGUGGAAACUCUUAGAGUAAGAAAAGACUCUGGCAAUACAUACUCCAGGCAGAGUAGGAGUUCUUUCUUAAAAUCAGAUGAACAUUUCUCAGAUUUUGGUGAGGAAUUGGAUGGUAUAAAGAAUGAAGACUGUCCUGGUUCAACCACAAGCAAUUCCAGUCCAGUCAAUUCUGAGCAAGAUAACUCUGAUGUGUCAUCAGACAAAAGAACAGAUAAAUUGCCUUCAAAAUCGCCCAAACAGCCUAAUGUGAGCCAGAAAAUCAAUUCUGUAACUAAGAAUACAGAUUUGAAAGAAACAAAGACAAAUAUGGCAAACAGUUUUCAAGAUAAUGGCUCAUCAUCAAAGGUUACAGGUAGUACCAAAACUAAAGAGACUAAAAAUAAGUGCAAUGAAGAGAAAAAACUAUCUACGCAAUCAGCAGAUAGUGCAAAAACUAGUGACAAAACCAAACCUAAAUCAAAUGUGUCUAAUGAUAUGGAUAUUUCUGCAGUACAAAUGCCACAGACACCUAAAACUACUUCAUCUGCAAAGAAGAAGAAGCAUAGUACAAAUUCAGAGAAAGGUAAGAAGUCUAGAGACAAUAGUGUAAGUGCAGACAAUUCUACAAAUGGAGUGAUACAAAGCCAAGAAUCAAAAUCUCCUCAGGUGAAGAAAGAGCUGACUUUUCAUAUCAAUGAAGAGGAUUCUCCAAUGGAAAUUGUUCUUUUAUCCGAUGAUUCUGAUAUAGAGGAUAAAUCCUUAUCUGUGCUUGAUGUCAAAUCUAGCACUGGGGGAAUAAAGGCUGAAGCAAUGGAUUAUGAUGAUUCUGUUGGAUUAGAAUCAAAUGAGUGCGAGAUGUGGACAGAAAGGAUAAUUCCAAUGGCUGAAACUGUGGACACAAGCCCAAAUUCUGACAAGAAAAAGAGGGGAAGGCCAGUUGGGAGCAAAAAUAAAGCCAAGGUAAAAGAAAAAGAAAGAUCAUCAGGAAAGAAGAAGAAAAAGAACAAACCCAAUCCUGAAGAAGAUUCUUUCAAAAUGAUGAAGUUCAAUAAAACUCUUGAGGCUAUGAAGAAAAAGAAGAAAAGUGACGGUAUAUUUUCAUCUGGACCAUUUAUUAGAGUUGAGGGACCCCGAUCUCACCCAGCAAGUGUGAAAGUAUUCAAUGAUAUACCAACUGAUGACUUAGACUCAAAGUUAGGCAAAAAGAAAACCAGUAAGGGCCCAGUGUCAUCAGCGCGUUCUCUCCAGAUCUCAAAUCUUCCAACUGAAAAAUCAAUUAUGUUGCCAUCUCAGAAACUUACAAGUGACACAAUAUGGGUGUGUGCUCUCUGUGGGAAACAUAGCAGCUACAAGAUCCUGGGGGAUCUAUUUGGGCCUUAUUACAUCGAGAGUCAUCUUGCUCUGCUCAAAUCAGAAGAAGAGAGCAAGAAGGAGGAACUGUUAAAGAAGAAGACCCCAGAGUCCACACAAACAAGUGAAGCUGGUGGGAAUAGCAGACGCAGUCGGAGAAGGACAUCCAACGAAAGACGGUCUAGCUCAGGGAUGAGUGUAUCGGAACCACCACUUCCUAAACCUAAGGAAGUGUGGGUGCAUGAAGAUUGUGUUAUGUGGACGGAUGGGGUGUUUCUCAUUGGAUCCAAAAUAUAUGGAUUAGAAGAAGCUGUAAAAGUGGCAGGAUCCUCCGUGUGCUCAUGCUGCAAAGAAAAUGGUGCUAUGGUUGGAUGUUUAAACAAAGGCUGCAGUCAGAAAUACCACUUUUUAUGUGCCACAGAGAGAGGAUGCUUCCUUGAUGAAAACAGAUUUUCUCUACUGUGUCCCAAACAUAAGGAGAAAAGAAUAAAGAUUGAACAACCGUGUGCCAAGUCAUGACACAAGGUUUAAACAUGCUGUUACAGUGUAGCAGUAGAUCCCAGUCUGAAUACUGCUGAGAUGUAAUCAGUAUGUCCAGUCCACUGGCGAGGACAGAUGGAGACAGUGUCCUACCACUUCUCAUUGACGUCACAUAUUCGGGUUGUGGAAGAUUCAACUGGCAACAUGACUGAUGAGAUGUGUAUUGCAGACAGAGAGACAAACUUUUGCUGAGAUGUUCAUUGUAUUUGCUUUUGAUGCUUAAAGGGUUUUACUGGAUGCAAAAUAUUGUGUGGUAUGGGAUAUAGCCAUAAAAGUCAAGAAUACAAAUAAAUAUUAUUUAUUGUGAGUACAUUUGGAAGCAAAGAGUUUGGAUGCUGGAAUGAUUGAAACUUCCUAUAUUAUAGCAUACAAAUCUUGUCUGAUAUUUCUCUUCUGACAACAUAUAGUCCUUGUUUAACCAGCUGAUCAUCGCUCAGACUCUAAGCCUUAAGUGCAGCAUUUAGAAAAAUAAACACCAGUCAUUAAGUCUGAUGUAUACAAUUCAUCCCUAUCUGUUAACAGCUGAAAUCAUUUCACUUCAUAUUUUAUUUGUUGUUGCUUCAGUAGUAGUAACUGGUAACACCAGUUUAAUGGCCAGCGUUCCACCAUCUGCGGAAAAUAUUUUACCAUGAGUUCCCAGGACGGUCAAAUACGAAGACCAAGAUAAACCCCAGGAGGUAUUUUCUUAGUAGCUAACAUAAUAAAGAAAUCAUAUCACUUUCAUAAUCAAGCUUGUUGAAUAAUCAAACAUGUUGAUGAUGGUUAUCAUCUUGAAAAUAUUGCGUUGUUUUGGAGUAUUUCAUUUCAUUGAAUUUCUGUGAUGCAAUCUGCUUGGUAAGAGUUUGUCUAUCUGUCUGUGAAGGUGCAACCAGUCAUUGACUAUGCAAUGGAAGCUGGCACAUAAACUGUAUGCGACAUUGAUGAAAUAGGUGUGUCAUACCAACAUGCUGAAUACUGAAGUUGUCCUGUAUUGUGUCAAAGUAGAUAUAUUUUGGUACCUUGAAACUUCACUCAUGGAAUGAUUUCACACUGUAUGUUUGUUUCAAAUGAAGUAAUGAAACAUCUUGAAAAUGUAAUGAUAGAAAUUCUGUCAUAAUCCACCAACACAACAGUUUUAAAUCUAAUAAAUAUUUCCUGAUUACCUUGAAGAAACUAUUGCAGUCCUAAAUUUCCUUAAAAGUGAAAGCAUUUAUGUUGAUAGUUUGAAUUAAUUUGUUCCAUUCAUUUUACAUGCCUUUUGCAUGCCUUUUGACUUAGAAGUUAAGCACUAAGUUGUGUUGAAUGACUUCAUUGUUAGUGAUAAAUCAAUUUGGAAUGAAUUGUUGUUUCAUAUUUGAUAGAAAGUAAGAAUGUGGAAUUUUUAUUCCUUUCUUCAGAAACGUUUUGUGACACAUGGCUAAUGAUAAUGUAUUUGGAAGAAAUAUGCCCAUCUCUCAGUAACUGUUGCUAUGAUUGAUAGCAAAGGGUUGAAUUGUUAAGAAUAAGAUUUUUAGUCCUAUAUUUCUAGGAAAUGUGAAGAUUUUUAUUUUGUACAAUAGAGGUCUUAAUUUGUGAUACAAGCCUUUAACAACUGAACUAAAAGUAUGAGAUUAGUUUUAGCAUUAAAUUGAUAUGAACAGCAUGGUAUGAAGUUCCUGAAUGCGAUUUGAUGAAGCUGACUGGAUGUUCAUCAAAAGGAGUUUGCCAUCAUUAUAGAGUGCAGAUAAGCUUGCUUGUUGUUCUAAAGCAAGUGUCAUGUGUUGCUUCUACAUACAUGUAUGUGCUUGUCUGUAACAUUACAGUACAGUAAUCGAAAUCUACAGAAUCUGCAGCUGAUAACAUCCAAGCUGCAGGGUGGGCUGUCUGUACAAAUGUAUAAAUUGUCAUCACACUACUUGUGGAGUAAGCAGGCUCAUAUAUAGAAAUAGUUUGAUGUCAUCAAGAAGCCUGUAUUGAAUUUUGCAUAAAAAUAUUACAAAUAAAUAUGAUGUGAAGUUAA